AUGGCCCAAGAGCUAAAUAGAGAUCAGGCUGAAGAGAAGGAUAGCAGGAAUGGUCUACAGAACCCUCAGCGCAUGGCAACGGAGAUGGCCAAAGCAUUUCAAGAGCUUGCAAAAGGAGAACAAACCGCGUCGGCUCUUGAGAAGCAACUUGAUGGCAUUGAAGGUCGUAUAGACGAGCUUCUGGCCGCAGCAGAGGAGGCAGAACGAGAAGCGAAUCAGAGAAUGAAGGAUCGCGAUACCGAGAAAGAACCUUCGUGA